GUGGCCAGUGCUCAGUGCUCUCGCGAUUGCCGUACGUUUGCGUUCGUAGUGUGUCGCGCUCGCGCGCGAGUCCCGACGACAUCGUUCUCGCCAGAUAACAAACCGCAGUACCGCCGCACGCUCAGUGCGUCGGACGAUAUUAUAUUAUUAUUUGUAUUUUAUUUUUUUCACUAUAGAAUUAUAAUAAUAUUAUUUCAAUCGUCGUUAUCAUAUUUUUAUCAUCACAAUAAUACAUUAUUACUGCAUUAAUUAAUUAAUUAUUAUUAUUAUUAUUACCUAUUGUUAUUAUUACUGUUGGCCCCCGCCGUCCGAUCGCGUCGCGUAUUAUUUUCCACCGCGUUUCGCGACGCGUAUUUUCGUGAAAGUUUGUCCCGUAGUCGCGGUCGUCGGCCGACGACGGCCCCCGAACCAAGCAGUGGCGCAUCGUGCACGGCCCGCUAUCGCGCGCCCGCCACCGUCGUCGCAAUGGAAAACAAAAAACCCAAAGAGAAGCGAAGAAAUUCCGAGAGACGAAAAGAAAAAUCAAGAGAUGCGGCUCGAUCUAGACGUAGUAAAGAAACCGAGAUAUUUACAGAUCUCGGAUCAGCAUUACCUUUACCAGCAUCCGUUAUUAGUCAGCUAGAUAAAGCAACUGUUAUGCGAUUGACUAUUGCAUCUUUCAAAAUUAUGGACGCUUUAUCAUCAACAAAUAUUGAUGUAAAACCCGAUGAAAAAGAUUGCCCUCCAAAUAUGAGUGGGAUAUGCAACAAAGCAUUGGAUGGCAUUGUCUUAAUUACUACGGCUGAUGGAGAUAUAAUAUUCAUAUCAGAAAAUAUUUCAAGUUACUUAGGAUUAUCACAGAUUGAUUUGAUCGGACAGUCAAUUUAUGAAUUUGCCCAUCUUUGUGACCAAGCCGAAUUGAAAGACAUUUUAACCAGCAAAGACAUAGGUGAACAAAAGUCGUUUUUUGUUCGAAUGAAAUGUACUCUGACCAAUAAAGGGCGCAAUGUAAAUUUGAAAUCAGCAUCAUAUAAGGUGCUGCAUUUUACGGGACAUUCAGUUAUCAAUACGUGUGCCAAAAUAAAAUCAUCAGUUUUAUCAGAUGGAGAAUCUGAUUCAGACUAUGAAUCAGAUAAAAAAACAGAUUCUGAUAGUAAAUCUAACAAUAGUGAUUUAAAGUUUGAAAAAUCUCCAUCUCAUAUAUUUGUGUCUAUUGCUGAACCAAUACCACAUCCUGCAAAUAUUGAGAUACCAUUGUAUAAACAGAGCAAGAUUUUUUUCAGCAAGCAUUCAUUGGAUAUGAAAUAUAUAAUAGCCGAUGAUGUUAUAACAAACUAUGUGGGUUAUGAACCAGAUUCAUUAGUUGGAAAGUCUGUGUUCGAUUAUUACCAUGCUCAAGAUUGUAAUUCGGUUGAAAAAAGUUUUAAAAUAUUAUUCGAAAAAGGACAGGUAGAGACAAACAAGUACCGAUUUUUGUCAAAAGGAGGUGGUUAUGUUUGGAUAAUUACACAAGCUACUAUAUUAAAUGAUCACAAGGGUCUAAAACCUGAGAGCAUUAUGUGUAUUAAUUACGUUAUCAGUGGCGUGGAACACGGCGACGAGAUCUACUCACUUUGCCAGCUAUCGCCUGUCGUCAACAAGCCCGCCGUCCAGGACAAACCUUUGUCGAUUCCGCCGCCGUCGCAGCAGCAGAAACAGCAACAACCGCAGCAACCAGCCGCGGUCAAGAGACCGUCGUCCACGGACAAAGUGUUCAAGCCCAAGUGCUUGGUAGACUCGGCCACGUUCUUGUUACCGGCCGGCAAUGGGCCAGUUUACUUGGACGUGAACGGCGACGGGAAGCCGAGAACUGCACCGCAGCAGGCCACGUCCACGGCCAGCGUCAUCAAGAAGAAGCCCGAACCGUGUUCGGAAAGCCCGAAAGCCACUACGGCCAAGAUUUUCGCCCCACGGACCGAAGACAUGAACAAGGGGUUCCUGACGUUUUCGGACGACGACACGGGACUGACCAUGCUCAAAGACGAACCGGAAGACUUGACCCACUUGGCCCCAACGGCCGGUGACGUGUGUGUGCCGCUAGACACUUGUGGUCUUGGGCACCUUGGUCUGUUCAUGUCCGAUGUGCUCGACGACCUCAUACUCACCGACUGUUCACUGGCGCCGUUCGACUCAAUGUCGGCGCCACCGUCGUUGCAUGACGCGUACUCGUCGGCCUCCCGGUCUUCACCGUCGGUGCACCACCUAAACCACCACCAAGGCAGCGACGACCUGUCACAGCACGCCGUCGCCGACCUGUGCGACCCGACCAUGUCCUCGCUGCUGGGCAUGGAUCUGGACAACAGCCCCAACGACCUGGACCUGGACCUGUCGCUCAAAAACCAGUUCAUUCCCCUGUACGAGGACGACCUGUAUCCGCUAUUGUCGGACGACCUACUGUGGGGAAGCGGCGAUAGGUCGCCAUCGCCCAAACCACUGUCGGCCGCGACCAACCGCCACGACGGUAGCAACAAAUGCAACUGGCAUUUGCCGACGACGGAAGACGACGUCGGGCAAAACGCAAUCGACAGAGACGCGCCGCCGUCUCCAAGUCUGGCCAAGUUACUGCAGAAGACCGACACGGACGCGCUGCCUUGCAGACAACAGCACUUUGACAGCGGUGGCGGCCUCCUGCACAUGGACGGCGGCGACUCAUGGGGGUCUAUCAGCAAAAUGUUGCACCAGCGGUACAACUCAGGCGGUUCCUCCUCGGUCGAACAGACUGCUGUGACAGAUCACCGCCACAACCAUCACAACUCUCUACGACAACCGCAACAACAGCAACAGCAACAACAGGAACACUCGGACUGCAACGGGUCGGCGGGAGGCGCCAGGGCCAAUUGCGGCGGCGUCAAGCGGACCGGGCCGAACGCCACCGCGGCCGCGGCGCCUUCGUCGUGGAAACGGUGCCGGCAAGAGGAGACGGCCAAACAGGGCGCCUCCAACAGCGUGCUGAUGAACCUGCUGGUCAGCGGUUGCGACGACGACGCGGGAAAAUCGAUGGCCGGCAAGAACUCGAUGGUGAAAGACGGUUCGCAGCCUAGGCACCGGUCAAGGCUAAAGGCGGUCUCGUGUCUGUUGGACCCGUGUAGCGCGGCCAUACCGUCACUGAUGGACCUGACCGCGCACGACUACGACGUGAACGCGCCGGCGGGUGGUGCACUGCUCCAGGGAUCAGAACUCCUGAAGGCCCUGGAAAUCGGAGGAGGAGGUGGCGGUAACAUAGCCGCGGCAUAGUUUCCGGAGGAGCAGGAGCAGGAGCAAGUGAAAAGGAUAAACUAGUUUUCCGAGCAGUAAUCUAUAUUGAUAUACUCCGCGUAUAUAAUCACACAAACAUACGUAUAUAAUAUUUAGUACCCAUCAUAUCCGGACAUAAACUCAAAACGACAUACUACCAUUUUGCUAUCUAAUAAUAGAAUAAUAUUAUCAUGAUAAUAUGCACGCUAAGUUAUUUUAAUUUUUGUUGUUGUUUUUUUUUUUAAUUUUAUCGCUCGUCAAUAAUAAUAUAAAUAAUAAUAAUAAUAAUUUAAUUAUGUUGUACAACGAUUGCGCGCAAUUAUUUUGUGGAGGACAGAGCAGAGGAGAGCAAUCCGUCCGCAGUCUCAUCUCACUAUACCUACUUAUAUAGGUAAAGCGUCGACGGGUCUCGUGGUCUGAAUUCAGCCGAGCUUGAUCCUCCGAAAAACCGUAGCGAGUCGCUACAAGCAACGAACGAUUUCAUAAAUUGUUGUUGUUGUCCUGUCCGCCAUAAAUCGCGCAUAUAACUGUUCUCAUUAUUUUUGUUAUUAAGCCCCCUCUCCCCAGAUAAUAAUAAUGUUUGCCCUCGAUAUGUGCUACCUCCCCUCUGCUCCAAGUCUUCUUAUUUACAUUACAUACAAUCUAAUUAUGAUAUAUUCUUAUAUACUAACCUCUUCCAGUAUAUUGUUUGCGUUUACCAUUUUAAUUUUUUGAUUUUUUUUUCGAUUUUCUUUACACCGAAAAAUAUUACGCACUGCCCACGUGUAUCGCUGGUUUCGGGAUAAUGUGCUUGACCCCGCGAAAACAAUUUUUAUUUGAUUAUCCAUUAUAUUAUAUGUACUGCAUUUUCCCACAGAGUAUACCGAUAUCAUUACUACUAUAAUAAUUAUUAUUUUUAUUUUUACUACUAUUAUUAUCAUCGUUGUCAAUGAGAAACUUCUUACAACUGAUCUUUUAAUAUUAAGUUUAAAAUUAACAUUUUUUCUACGUCGAAAGCAAACUUCAUAAUCUCUUUUUCGGUUACCGAAAUUUACUUAAUAAUAAUAAUAUGUACCUACCUUUAUAUAUUAUGUAAUCUUAAUGUUUUAAUUUUGUAAUGGAGGGGACGAAUGAUGCAAGAGCGCAGUAAAAACUAUUUAAGAGCCGUUACUCAUAGGUACGUACGUGGACGAUUAAGUAAAAAUAAAAAUGAUAGGAGAAUUGAAAAUUAUUGCAAUGUGCUGUAAAUUUUAUUUUCACGCCGUCUGCCACUGUUACGUGCAUAGUGCCUAUUUUAUGGUAUAAUAUACGACUGCUCUUAAAUUGUUUGUACUCGCGGCCAAAGGAUACAAUUUUUAGUGAACGGUGAUGGUUUUGUGUAAGACACGUCCGAAUGCUCAAAUAUUAUUUUGUAUAAUUCUUUUUAAGAUGGAAAAAUUAUAUUUAGUGAUGUUUAUUAAGGGACAUUUAUGUGAGUGUAAGCGUAUAAGAUAUUUUUCGAUACAUUUCUUUAUUUUGUUAACUUUUUUUUGUUUUUGAUUUGAUUUUUUUUUUUUUUCAAAGUAGUUAUUUUAGUUAAGCAGUUUGCAUUGUUUGCUAUACAUUCAUAUAAUAUACAUUAUACAUAAAUAAAUAAAAAUAUUAAAUAUUAUUAUUA